UCUUCUAGCGCCUGUGGCUUGUGAUCAGGGGCCGUAAAGUGCAUCCGAAAGCCUGAUUAAUACACCCCACCAAAACUCUACCGACAUUCAUCUGAACUCAACCUGUAACCAUUCUCAGACACCACAAUUCAGUUGUGAACACUCCUUCCAACGGCGCAAACCAUAUUGCAAACCACGGAGAUUGCUUAUUAUUUGCUACCAUGUGCAAACACAUUCUCAACGCCCAAGUUUCCGUUCGGUCGCCUUGUUGUCGAAAAUGGUUCGACUGUGUCGAAUGCCACAGCGAACAGGAGUCACACCCUCUUAAGGAAAGCUUCGAGAUGAUUUUUGCGUGCAAGAAGUGCAGAAAAUGCUUCAGAAAGGAUGUGAAGGAGUUCGAGGAGGCCGACGAGUUUUGCCCUCAUUGCGACAACCACUUUGUUAUCGACGCAAAGACCCCUCAGGCAGCUCUUUCAAUUGAGAGCGACGACGUACGAAUGGACAAUAAGAUGCUCAAGGACGACAGGCAAAAGACAAAGGGACUCAGGUCCAUCUUUGACCCGACAGAGGAAGCCGAUAAGCUGGGAUAAUCCAGAACAAGAUCAGAUAAAAAGAGGAAAGUCACGGCGUUCAGGAUACAUAGCGAUUUGUCACUUCCACGGGGAUACGUUCUGAGAGAAUGCGUGCGUCAUUAGUUGUGUUAAUACAAUGGCACUGGGUCCCGACUUUAGAGACUCGUGCUCUUGUCUAUGUAAACUCUUCCCAUACGCCUCUCUAUUCCGCAGCGGAGUCAUCCUGAGAUCGGGUUAGGAUGGCAGCACUGCCGGUUCCGGGGGUCCGUCCCGUCUUCUUCUUGGCAGCUUCUUCCUGCUUCUCCUGCUCAAUUUCCUUGACGUAGCCUUCAAUCUCGGACGUAGGUAGUGUUUCGAUGGUGGCGCCAGGUGCCAUGAGAGAAAUCUCGAUGUUCUUGGCUCCGGUUUGAACAACCUCGAGCAGCGACUUGAUGGCAAGCCGGAUGGUAGCCUCUCGGUCCAUGUCCUCCUUGUAGUUUCGCUCGAGGAACUCGCGAACAGUCUUGCUUGAACGACCGAUAGCGUUUGCCUUCCUGUUAGAUCAUUAGUUUCGAAAAUUCGCCA